GUUCAGCUGUUGUAAAUAAAGUUUUAUGAGAACAGGGAAAAAAGUUGGAGCGUAGCGCGUGUUGUGAGCAUGCUCAGUGCGCUCCUGUGGAGUUUGAUCCUUUGGCUGCAGCAAGAUGGCGGCAGCCGGGUCGGCGCUGCAGGUCCAUGCGGUCCGGUUCGGUCCGGGUCAGGAGCUGCUGGCCGGUCUGCAGGCGUUGGUGGAGGAGCGGCGCCUGCGGGCGCCGUUCAUCAUCACCUGCGUGGGCAGCGUUACCAGGGCAACGCUGAGGCUGGCCAACGCCACGGCAACAAAUACUAACGAGGUGCUGCACCUCAGCGGCCGCUUCGAGAUCGUCUCCCUGGUCGGGACGCUGAACAGAACCGCCCACCUCCACAUCAGCCUGUCGGACCCGGACGGCAGAACCGUCGGCGGCCACGUCCUCGGGGACCUGGAGGUGUUCACCACGGCCGAGGUGGUGGUGGGCGAGGCCGCGGACCUGCAGUUCAGCAGAGAGAUGGACCAGCGGACCGGUUUCCCCGAGCUGCUGGUUCUGACCCGCUCAGAGGGGGAAGAACCGGCCUGACGGGACCCAGACCUGCUGGUUCUGACCCGCUCAGAGGGGGAAGAACCGGCCUGACGGGACCCAGAGCUGCUGGUUCUGACCCGCUCAGAGGGGGAAGAACCGGCCUGACGGGACCCGGAGCUGCUGGCAGCAGACUGGUUCUGAAGUCAGGAGGAGGUUCUGUGAGGCUGGUGCUGGUUCUGUUCAGGUUCUGGAGCUCCUCAUGUUGCCUCGUCGGGCCUGACUGAGGGAACGUUUAGAUUGCCUGUAAACCAUAAACCCAGGAGCCUUCAGAACCAGAACCAGAACCAGAACCAGCCCGUGGUCAGUUCUGUGUGUGACUCUGAGCGUUUCUGAGGAACUUGAUGGAAUAAAAGCUGCAGAUCAGAAACUCG